UUUCCAAAACCUCACCUUACCGUUUUUCACUUCUCCUUAAACCCUUGUGUAUGUGUCUUUGUUUCUCAUCGAAACCAUACAAUGGAUACUAGUACUACUCCCAUAGGCUUUUCCUUCCCUUAGACUCUCUCUCAUGGACGCCAUUCUCUUCUCACUUCCACCAACCAAUCCGUUCACCUACAUAUGCCCACCUCCCUAUCGAUCCCCUUCAUCUCCGCUGCUCUCCACGAAACGCCGCAUUCGAAUCCAAAGAACCUUCACCAAACCUCACAAAAAGCCCACAAAUGUCUUCCCAUUUGGUAGUCAUUCCAGCUCAAUUAGCUUCCCACAAGCUUCCAGAAGCUCCAAAUUCGAAAACCCAGGAGCAAUAUCAGCUGUGGAAGCCUCUAGCAGCUCAAAUUCUGAGUACCCAGAAGAGGAAUCACUUCUAGAAGAUUGUAGCAGCUUGAAUUCUCAGUUUCCCGACCAGAAAUCAUUGAACUUAAUUGUACAUUAUGCAAAUUUCGGUAGCAGUGUACUCAAAUGCAUUGCAAAGCCAAUGUUGUACGCAUUAUUUUGUAUUGCUGUCGGUUUCUCUCCAAUUCGGGGAUUUCGAGCUUGUGCAAUUGCUGUUCCAGCGGUUGCCGAAGCAAUUAUGGGUAGAAAAGAGAACGUGAAGGAGGGGGAGUUGAUUAGGUUGAGUUCGAAGGGGCACGAGUAUUCAGAUUGCACGCGGAGAUUGCUAGAGACGGUAUCAGGGCUAUUGAGGAGUAUAGAGGAGGUUAGGAGAGGGAAUGGGGAUAUAAAGGAAGUGGAGGCGGCAUGGAAAGCGGUGAAGUCAAAGAAAGAGGAAUUGCAAAGGGAAAUAAUGAGUGAGCUAUAUGUGCAGAUGAAGGAGUUGAGGAAAGAGAAGCAUGGGUUGGAGCAGCGGGCGGAAGAGAUUGUGGAUGAGGUAGUGAUAGCAAAGAGAGAGUAUGAGAGGUUGGUGAGGAAGGGGCAGGAGGAGGGGAAGCAGAGGGUGGAGAGGUUGGAAGAGAAUUUGAGGGGAUUGGAGGAGGAGUAUAAUAGGGUGUGGGAGAGGGUUGGCGAGAUUGGGGAUGAGAUUGCAAGGAGGGAGUUUGUGGUGAUGAGUUUUGCGAUGAGGGAGCUUUGUUUUAUUGAGAGGGAAUGUGAGCAAUUGGUGGGGAGGUUUUCCCGGGAAAUGAGGCAAAAGGGUACUGACAGUCUUCCAGACGGCUCGGCAACCAAGCUUUCUAAAUCUGAUAUUCAGAAAGAUUUGGAAAGUGCACAAAGGAGACAUUUGGAACAAAUGAUUCUGCCUAGUAUCUUGGAGUCGGAGGAUCUUGGACCUCUCUUUGAUCGAGAUUCAGUGAAUUUUGCUCAACGAAUAAAAGAAGGCCUUAAAGAUUCAAGGGAGCUGCAAAGAAAUCUGGAGGCUCGUAUAAGAAAAAAUAUGAGAAAAUUUGGUGAUGAAAAGCUUUUUGUUGUAAAUACACCGGAAGAUGAAGUGCUGAAGGGUUUUCCGGAAGUAGAGUUGAAGUGGAUGUUUGGAAAUAAGGAGGUAGUAGUUCCCAAGGCUAUUAACCUCCAUUUGUACCAUGGUUGGAAGAAGUGGCGUGAAGAAGCCAAGGCUGACCUAAAAAGAAACUUGUUAGAAAAUGAUGACUUUGGUAAACAAUACGUGGCCCAAAGACAGGAACAUAUUCUGCUGGACCGAGAUAGAGUGGUGUCAAAGACUUGGUACGAUGAAGAGAAAAAUAGGUGGGAAAUGGAUCCAGUAGCUGUUCCAUAUGCUGUGUCCAAUAAACUAGUGGAGCAUGCCAGAAUCAGGCAUGAUUGGGCUGCCAUGUAUAUUGCACUAAAGGGAGACGCCAAGGAAUAUUUUGUUGAUAUUAAGGAAUUUGAGAUGCUCUUUGAAGAAUUUGGAGGCUUUGAUGGGCUAUAUAUGAAAAUGCUUGCCUGUGGUAUUCCGACUACUGUUCACCUGACAUGGAUCCCUUUUUCUGAGUUGGAUUUCCGUCAACAGUUUCUCUUGACUAUGAGGCUGUCUCGUCAAUCCUUGAAUGGAUUGUGGAAGAGUAAAAUUGUAUCAUAUGCAAGAGAUUGGGUUCUUCAGAAAAUAAAAAAUAUAAAUGAUGACAUUAUGAUGAUGAUUGUCUUUCCUACUGUGGAGCUUAUAAUUCCUUACCCGGUAAGGAUGCAGUUGGGGAUGGCAUGGCCAGAGGAAAUAGGUCAAACUGUUGGCUCAACGUGGUACUUGAAAUGGCAGUCCGAGGCCGAAAUCAGUUUUAAAUCCCGAAAAACAGAUGACACCCAAUGGUUUCUAUGGUUUUUCAUUAGAACCAUUAUAUAUGGAUUUGUUUUGUUUCAUGUUAUCCGGUUUAUGAAGCGAAAAAUUCCAAGUCUUCUUGGUUAUGGGCCUUUACGUAGAGAUCCAAACCUGUGGAAGUUGCGGAGAGUGAAAACCUAUCUUAAUUAUAGGGUGAGGAGAAUCAAAGAUAAGAAAAAAGCUGGCUUUGAUCCCAUAAAAACUGCUUUUGAUGGAAUGAAGAGGGUGAAGAAUCCGCCAAUACCGUUGAAAGACUUUGCUAGUGUUGAGUCUAUGAGAGAGGAAAUGAAUGAAGUUGUGGCUUUUCUACAAAAUCCUCGUGCAUUUCAAGAAAUGGGUGCCCGUGCACCUCGGGGAGUUCUGAUUGUAGGUGAGAGAGGAACCGGAAAGACAUCUCUAGCAUUGGCUAUAGCUGCAGAAGCCAAGGUACCUGUGGUUAAAGUUGAAGCCCAACAGUUGGAGGCAGGACUAUGGGUUGGCCAAAGUGCAUCGAAUGUUAGGGAACUGUUUCAAACAGCAAGAGAUUUGGCGCCUGUCAUCAUAUUUGUGGAGGAUUUCGACCUCUUUGCUGGUGUACGUGGGAAGUUCAUUCACACUAAAAAUCAGGAUCAUGAGGCUUUCAUUAAUCAACUUCUUGUGGAACUUGAUGGGUUUGAGAAACAAGAUGGAGUUGUUUUGAUGGCUACUACCAGAAAUCUCAAGCAAAUUGAUGAGGCAUUACAGCGACCUGGUAGGAUGGAUAGAGUAUUUCAUCUUCAAAGGCCAACUCAAGCAGAGAGGGAAAAGAUACUGCAAACUGCCGCAAAACAAACCAUGGAUAGUGAGCUAAUUGAUUUGGUCGACUGGGGAAAGGUUGCUGAGAAGACAGCUCUUUUACGGCCUAUAGAACUAAAACUUGUUCCUGUGGCCUUGGAAGGUGGUGCUUUUAGGAGCAAAUUUCUUGAUACGGAUGAACUAAUGAGCUACUGUAGUUGGUUCGCGACUUUCAGUGGUAUUGUUCCCAAAUGGAUACGGAAAACCAAAUUUGUGAAUAUAGUAAGCAAAUUGCUGGUGAAUCAUCUUGGACUGACAUUAACUAAAGAAGAUGUGCAGAAUGUGGUUGAUCUAAUGGAACCAUAUGGUCAGAUAACCAAUGGAAUAGAACUUCUAAACCCUCCUCUUAAUUGGACAAGGGAGACCAAGUUCCCCCAUGCUGUUUGGGCUGCUGGUCGUGGUCUUAUUGCUCUUCUAUUACCAAAUUUUGAUGAUGUUGAUAAUCUAUGGCUUGAGCCAUUGUCUUGGCAGGGAAUUGGAUGUACAAAAAUCACAAAGGCAAGAAAUGAAGGCUCUAUGAAUGGAAAUUCAGAGUCAAGGUCAUACCUUGAAAAGAAGCUUGUAUUUUGCUUUGGUUCGUAUAUUGCAGCUCGAAUGCUACUUCCUUUUGGGGAAGAAAAUUUUCUUUCUUCUUCAGAAUUAAAGCAGGCACAAGAGAUAGCCACAAGAAUGGUGAUUCAAUAUGGCUGGGGACCUGAUGAUAGUCCUGCAAUUUACUAUCACAGCAAUGCGGUUACAGCUUUAAGCAUGGGCAACAACCACGAGUAUGAGAUGGCAGCAAAAGUUGAAAAGAUGUAUGAUUUGGCAUAUUAUAAAGCAAAAGAAAUGCUUCAGAAAAAUCGUCAAGUUCUUGAAAAGAUUGUGGAGGAAUUGCUUGAGUUCGAAAUAUUGACUAGAAAGGAUAUGGAAAGAAUGGUUGAAGAUUAUGGUGGGAUUCGGGAGAAAGAACCAUUUUUUCUUUCAAAAUCUUGUGAUAGAGAGCCAUUGUCUAGUGGCUUUCUUGAUGGUGGGAAUACAACAGGGACUGCUCUUUUAAGUGCACCAGCAUCAGCCUAGGCUCAAUGAACAUGCAGCUCUGAUUCCCGAAGCUGAUGCCUAUAGAGUUUAUGGUGAAUCUCAGUUUCUGCAUAUACAUUAUUGACGGAUUAUUCAUGCGCAGGAGAUAUGAUGUAAACUAGUAAUAAAAAGGCAGUUUUUUGGGUUGAGAAGAGAUGCCAUUUUUCCUUCUCAAUCAUCUUUAUUGCUUUUAUGAUGGGUUGAAGUCAUUCCUGCUCCUUUUUCUCUGCAUUGUAACUUUAAAUUGUUGUUAAUAGAAAUUAAAAAUA